UGGGCGCUCCGCUGUGGCGGCAGUCGGAGACACGGCGSCCAUGUUAGAUUCGGGAAAGGGCCUGGCCUCCGCUGUUUCCGCCGCCCGGCUUCCGGCUGAGGGCAGUCCUGGCCGUCUAGCUCCGAGGGACGGUGCGGGCGGUGAGAAGGGGUCAGUGCGCGCCGCCGCGGCUGGGAACUCGGGGAGAGUGAAGGAGACUUCUAGCCUGCGUUGGUCGCAGCGUUCCCCGGGCGUUCCUGCGCGUGAGGACCGGCCUGCAGAUGCCCCUUCCUCAAGGACGCCCCCUCUGCUUUCUCUGGAGCGCACCAACUUCCUAACCAUCUAAUCAAGCAGUGGUGUUAAUAAAUGGCACGUGAAGUCUAAAGCCCCACAUGGCUGGAAAGAGGUCGCUCAGCCGGCGGCCUCUGCUGCUGCUGGGGCUGCUGGUUGCAGUCGCUGCCGUCCACCUCUUCACCUGUCCCUACACCAAGGUGGAGGAGAGCUUCAACCUGCAGGCCACACACGACCUGCUGUACCACCGACUGGACAUGGACAAGUAUGACCACCAUGAAUUUCCCGGUGUUGUCCCCAGGACGUUCCUUGGGCCUCUGCUGAUGGCGGCAGUCUCCAGCCCCCUGGUCUAUGUGCUUUCACUGCUGGAAGUGUCCAGGUUUUAUUCCCAGCUGACAGUCAGAGGAGUCCUCGGGCUCAGCGUGAUUUUGGGACUCUGGGCAUUACAAAAAGAAGUGAGGCGACAGUUUGGGGCCACGGUGGCCACCAUGUUCUGCUGGGUGACGGCUACACAGUUCCACUUGAUGUUUUACUGCUCGCGGACGCUCCCCAAUGUGCUGGCCCUGGCUGUGGUCCUGCCGGCCCUCACGGCCUGGCUACAGCACCGGUGGACCCGCUUCAUCUGGCUCUCGGCCUUUGCGACCAUCGUCUUCCGGGCUGAGCUGUGCCUACUGCUGGGUCUCAUGCUGCUGCUGGCGCUGUACCACAGAAGGGUCUCUGUGGCCAGACUGCUGCAGCACGCCGUCCCCGCGGGCGCGCUCUGUCUGGGACUGACGGUCACUGUGGACUCCUGUUUCUGGCGCUACCUUGUGUGGCCGGAAGGAAAGGUGCUCUGGUACAACACUGUCCUGAACAAAAGUUCCAACUGGGGCACCUCCCCACUGCUGUGGUACUUCUACUCGGCCCUGCCCCGGGGCCUGGGCUGCAGCCUUCUCUUUGUGCCCCUGGGCGUGAUGGACAGGCGGGCACGGGUGCUGGCUCUGCCGGCGCUGGGCUUCGUGGCGUCCUACUCCCUGCUCCCGCACAAGGAGCUGCGCUUCAUCAUCUACACCUUCCCCGUGCUCAACAUGGUGGCCGCCAGAGGCUGUGCCUACCUGCUGAAUAAUUACAGAAAGUCUUGGCUCUACAAGGCGGGGACCCUGCUUGUGGCGGGACACCUGGUGGUGAAUGCCGCCUAUGCUGCCGUGUGCCUGCACGUUUCCCACUUCAACUACCCUGGUGGCAUCGCCAUGCAGCGGCUGCACGAGCUGGUGCCCCCCUGGACAGAUGUCCUCCUGCACAUUGACACAGCCGCCGCCCAGACAGGUGUGUCGCGGUUCUUGCAAGUCAACAGUGCUUGGAGAUACGACAAGAGGGAGGACCUGCAGCCCGGGGCGGCAGACAUGCUGGCCUACACGCACCUCCUCCUGGAGGCAGCCCCCAGCCACCUGGCCCUCUACAGGGACACACACCGUGUCCUGGCCCGCAUCCUGGGCACCAGUGGUGUGAGUCUGAACCUGACCAGACUGCCUCCCUUUGAUGUCAACCUGCAGACCAGGCUGGUGCUUUUGGAGAGAGUUGUCCAGCCGUCCAAAGGGGAUAGGUGACAGCGUGCCCCCGACACUGCCCCCAGGGCAGGUAGGGCUGGGACCUGUCCACCACCAUUCCUGGGACACACAGCUUGACAGGACAAGGGCCUCAGAGCUGUUGCCACAGGCACUGGUGGCCCUGGGGACCCCUUCUCAUCAUCCGGGCACUCUCACAACCAAGAGGGGAUAGCAGGCCAGGCAAGACCGUCCCAGCAGCUGGCUGGUGGUGGCCCUCACUGUGCACUGCCCCCAGGUGCACCUGCUGCCCAUGGCCAGGGCCUCAGCACCUGCCCUCCCGCCCCUGCAGCUUCUGUGCUCACAGGCCCUCACAUGCAUUCAGGUGAUUUCAGGAGGUAAACAUGUUGAAAAGAAUGAGAAUGAACGUCUCAGAUGUUUUCUUAGGCAGUGUCUCUCAUUUGCACUUGCUUCUGGAGGCCACCCUGUCUAGCACUGCGUUGGGGGGGUCUGAUGCAGUCAUGCUGUACUGAGCACACUUCAGGGUGGGAUACUGUCAGGCACAGGGUGACGGAGGACAGGUCAGUGCCGUGAGCUCACGUGCACACUGCAGGCACUGCACGUGUACAUGCGGGUGCACGGGCAUGAAGACGUGUUUCCUGAGUCUGCUGAGCGUGAGCUGUUCACAACAAGCCCAUGGGGUUCUGGGCUCCCUCUACCCAACUCUGUUCCAUGGUGAGAAUCCUGGCUUCCACGGGUAUCCACACAUUGACUGCUUUGCUCAAUGAGAAGACAUUAAAUAGUUUGAGAAUUGCCUUGUCACACAAUUGCACAAAACAAACCCACCAUAAAAAGGUGAGCUUUGUGAGGGUUCUUCACUCCCACCCGUGACUACAAGGGGUAAUGCGGUCCUGGGUUUGGCUGCUCCCGGCCUGCGUGGGGUCGUGUGGGGCCACUCUUCCCCUGCAGUCCCCGAGGCCCACCGCCCUUCCUCCUCGUGGGCCUGUAGACCAUGACACGAAGCUCCAGAGCACACUCCUGCGGAGGGCAGGUUCGGGCACCCUUUCUUACAGGAAGUCCCAGYGCGCAUUCCCCUUCUUACGGGAGCAUCUGUGCGCAUUUGCCCUCUGCUCUUUCCACCGGCGGAAUCUCCUGGAAAGUGCUGCGUCGGGAUGUAGACGUGCUGUGGCUACUCGUCCGACCGCUCUCCGAAGGGGCAUUUAACUGAUUUCCAAUAUUCAAUAAAAUACAGAUUUGGUGACAGCGAGUAACUAGGAGCACUUGUAUUUUCCUACCGAG